AUGUUCUCCAUCCGAGUCUGGGAGGUGAGAGGAUGGGGAGCCGCUACAUUCCGGACAGUUCUCGCCUACGUUUUUGACCCUUGCGGUUACUCUCCUUCAAGUCCCACGUACUUUCCAAAUACGCUCCCGUUGGCGACGGAUCGUGCCAAAAUAGGAAAGUUACACCUGUGCGACGCAACUCGUGUCUGUUGGGCCAUCGGACUCGGGAUUUACCGCCUAUUCUUUCACCCUCUGGCAAAGUUUCCGGGACCUAAGUUAGCCGCAGCCACGCGGCUCUAUGAGGCUUACUACGAUGUUGCAAAGAACGGGCAAUACACCUUCAAAAUUGCGCAGCUGCACUCAAAGUACGGACCGAUUGUCCGCAUUAGCCCUCACGAACUACACAUCAAUGACCCUAGUUUCUACGAAAAGCUCUACCGUCAAGAUGGACGCUGGGACAAGUAUUCCUGGAGUUACGAUGCCUUCUCCGCUCCCUACUCUUCAAUCUGCACCGCGGACCACGAGCUACAUAAACGACGUAGAGCGGCUGUGAGCCCCUUCUUUUCAAGAGCGCAAGUUUCAAAGCGACAGCAUAUCAUCAAAGCCGCGGUAGACAAGUUGUGCGCCCGCAUUUCUGAAUAUGCGGAUUCGGGAUUCGCGAUGAACUUAGGGACUGCUAUUAGCGCCCUUACUGGAGAUGUGGCCACCGUGUACAUCGUCGGCAAGAGCUACAACAAUCUUGACCGUCAAGAUUUCAACAUGGCGAUGACGAAUGUACUUCGAAGCUCUGGGGCUAUUUGGCGCGUUACCAAGCAUAUCCGUUGGCUAGGACCUACUUUGAAAGCUCUUCCAAUGUCGUUCAUUGAAAAGUGCGGGGAUGACGGGGCCAGAGCAUUUCUGGCCUUUCUAAAGGAGGUAACGCAGAUCACAAAGGACAAUAUCUCGAGCCACGUCUCCAAAGAGUUGGAUGCAAGUGAAGAUCGUACCCUAAUACACUGCAUAUCGCGAUCCCAUCUCCCUCUGAAAGAAAAGUCCUUUGACCGCAUUAACGACGAAGUUAGCACGAUUAUGGGUGCCGCGCUUGAAACGACGGCGCAGACGCUGCGGGUGAUACUUUACUACAUCUACACGGAUAAAGAGAUACUACACAAGUUGAGGGCAGAACUAUCAAGCGCAAGUCUAACACAGGCUGACGGUCUUUAUUUGAGAGAGCUCGAGCAGCUGCCAUACUUAACGGCAGUGCUAAUGGAAGGCCUCCGUCUUAGCCCCGGCCUUGCCACGCGCAUGGCUAGGAUUGCUCCUGAUAGGUCCAUAUAUUACGAACAAUGGAAAAUCCCUGCCGGAACACCAGUAGGGAUGACCACACUGUUGAUACACACGGAUGAGCGUGCGUAUUCUCAACCUAAGCGCUUCGAUCCAGAAAGGUGGAUGGACCCAAACGCCAGGAAGAAAGCCGAUAAGACAUUUGCUCCGUUCUCAAGAGGGACAAGGAUAUGUCUUGGUAUGCAUCUGGCUUGGGCUGAACUCUACAUGACAACCGCAGCGCUCGUGCAGCGCUUCGACUUUGUACUGGAAGGCGCCGGCCCGAAGGAUGUGGAGUGUGUUUCUGAUCAAUUCAUCAUCGGGACCGAAGAUCAAAGCGGCAUAAAGGCCUUUGUGUCGGAACACGAGGCGCAACGUUGA